UAAUACAUGUAUCGGUAUGCUCUUAGAUCCUACCGACUACCUUGCUCAAUUGCCCAUUCAUUGGGAGCCCGCAUUUCAAGGCGGUCCGCCGAAGCAGCUUGAACCUAGCCGACUAGACUGUUGGGGCGGCGCCUGUCGCUGCAAUACUAGUCAGUAUAUACAGGAGGGGCGGACAAAACGUGGCUUACAGGUAAUGUGGUAGUUAUCAUCGUCGAUCGCACGAGGUGUAAAAGAAAAAGGUGGACCGAAGCACAACAUCACUACGUUUUAAUCUAACCGUCUGAGAAACUAGACGGAUAGUCCUUCCAUUCUGUUAACACCUUGUGUUACGUCGUUUUUGCUGUGGAACAAUUGCCUUGGAACAGUGUCAAUGGCUGCUUCUUUCCCCACAUCGAUUCUCAUCACGGGUGCAAACCGAGGUCUUGGUUUGGAGUUUGUCAAGCAGAUUUUGCAGAAGAGCGACGGUGCGACAAAGCACAUAUUUGCCGCACACCGGAGUCCACUUGGCAGCGAUGGCACACAGCAAAUCGAGCAGUUGAGCAAGGAGCACAGCGGUAGAGUGCAUUUGGUGCAGAUCGAUGUGACCGACCAGGACACUAUCAAGAAAGCGGCGCAGUUUGUCGAGACAAUCGUUGGAGAUGAUGGCCUCAACGUUCUCGUCAACAAUAGCGGUGUGGCGGCUCGGCAGAUGAGCCUGGACGAUUUGACUUUCGAAACCCUGGACUAUCAUCUGAAGGCCAAUACCAUCGGCCCAAUUCUGGUGCUCAAAGGCUUCCAUGCUUUGUUGAAACGUGCUGCAGAGGUGAACAAAGAUAUGCCGCUGGGUUGGAAACGUGGUGCUGUGCUCUACCUGUCGAGUAUGUUGGCCUCGCUUGAGCUCGCUGACAAUGGCAUCACCAGCGUCGAGAAUCCCACGUUCCGGAUGUACAGCUAUCGCGCAAGUAAAGGUGCUCUGAACGUCCUCAGCCAUUCAUUAGCAACGGAGCUAAGCGAGCAGGGAAUAUCGUCGCUGAUCCUGGAACCGGGAUGGGUGAGGACGGAUAUGGGCGGCGAACACGCUCAUCUAAGUCCGGAGGAGUCGAUCGCAGGAGUCCUGAAGGUGGCCCAACGCUUGGACAAGGACAGCAAUGGAAAAUUCGUCAACUGGGGAGGCGAAAUUAUCCCGUGGUGAGCGGAGACUAUCAUGCGUGUUCAAUCGCCCAUUACGUUUUGCAGUAAAACCUGUAACGAAAGACCACCAUGACUAGCGACAAGCCUGGUACUACAGACCACUUCACCAGGCACGGGGGGAGGGGGGGGCUCACAUUCACAUUAUUGUUGUGCGGUGCAAACCUCUAACUAAGGACCACCUGCCACUAAACUAAAGACCGCUUUCUCUGGCCCCAAGGGGUGGUCGUUAGUUACAAGUUUUCCUGUACUUGACUCCCCUUCAUUUCCUGGUGUUCCUUGGUAGCAGAAACAAAAACAAAAACUCUCUUUUGUCUUACCUGGUACACUCCCUGAUAAGUGAUAGACUUAUUAAUGCUCAGUUGGAAGUUGCGUUUCUUUUUCUGGUGUGGUAUGAGUGGUGCAGACCAUAGCAACUUCAGUCACGAGCUUCCAUUGAUAGUUGUGACAAGAAAACGUUCUGGAACGCUUUAUUCGUUGCUAUGGUUGUGAUUAUGAGUGUGCAUAAUUAUAGUUUUAUUCAUUGCAUUAUUAUUAUGUUAAUCUAGUAGUUAGUACAGGGCAUUGUAGUAGAAACGUCUCAGCGCGUUCUAGGUUCAGCCUGGUCCCAUAGCUCAGUCGUUAGACCAUUGCUCAUGACAAGCAAGGUCCCGGGUUCGAGUCCUGGCGCGUCUGGCAUUUUCCUCUUUUCGGCCAGUUCAAUUCCCCGACUUCUUCAAAGGUAAAAACAACGGAACUGGUUCGGAUGUGAUGUGCAGCGCUUUGGGAAUGGGUGUGUCCACUCGAAUUCCUUUCUUCAAAGGAAUUAGAAGUUAUCCCAAUCCUUUAAAAAUCACGUUCUUUCACCUCUGCUAGUAGUGACUACUGGUAUUUAGUGUUAGUUACUACAUAGUUAGUUACUACAUGUAUAUGUAUUAGUAUUACCAUUACAGACUCAGUCAGUAUUAGUCAUGCCAGAAGGAUUCACGCAUUAUGACAUUGUGAUGGCAAUCAUGAUGAUGCGCUUUCUGUCCCAAAUAAUCAUUGGACUUUGGAGCUAGCGCACGCGAAAAUCGACCUUAGUGGCACGCACUUCAAACUGAGAAAACGCACAAAAAACAUUCUCUGUUUCUCUGUUUUCGUGUGAUGUGUGAUUAUAGUUUUACAUGUAUCAGGGAAAAUGCUCUAUCUUCUAAGACCAAGUUUUACUCACAUUUUUUCAAA